GUCUGCAGGUGAGGUCAGUCUCACUGCCAACAUGAAGGCCCUUUUGUUUUUCGGACUGGUGGCUAUUGCCCUGGCUGACGUCACUCGCUUCGAGGGAGAGAAAGUCUUCCGUCUGAAGCCUGUGCUCGACGAACAUGUGACCUUCAUUAAGGACAUGGCUAAGGACAUCACGGUUGACUUCUGGAGCCCCGAGAGCCCCGAGCUGGUGGCCACCAACAUCGAUGUGGACAUCCGCGUGCCGGCCAUGUACCUCGACAUCGUGUACACCCGCCUGCAGCAGAGCGAGAUGGAGUACAAGGUUCUCAUUGAGGAUGUCCAGGCUGCGAUUGAUGAGAGCGGACCCGCUCCCAGAGCCCACAGCUACAUCAAGUACAACACCUUGGCUGAUAUCCAGACCUGGAUUGAUACCGUUGUCUCCGCCAACGCUGGCCUGGUCAGCAAGCAGGUGAUCGGAAACUCCUACGAGGGACGCCCCAUGACUGUCAUUAAGAUUGGAAAGGCCUCCAGCUCCGCUAAGCCUGCCAUCUUCAUGGACUGCGGUAUCCACGCCAGAGAGUGGAUCUCCCCUGCUUUCUGCCAGUGGUUCGUCAAGGAGGCUGUGGAGACCUACGGCAGCGACUCUGCCAUGACCAGCCUGCUCGAUCAGAUGGAUGUCUACGUGCUCCCCGUGUUCAACGUCGACGGCUACGACUACACCCACAAGAGCGACAGGAUGUGGAGGAAAACUCGCUCCAAGAACUCUGGAAGCUGCGUUGGAACCGACCCCAACAGGAACUUCAACGCUGGCUGGUGCACCAUCGGAGCCUCCAGCAACCCCUGCAGCGACACCUACUGCGGGUCCGUUCCCGAGUCCGAGAUCGAGGUCAAGAACGUUGCCAACUUCAUCCGCAACAAGAAGUCCGUCAUCAAGGCCUACCUCACCAUCCACUCCUACUCUCAGCUGCUGCUCUUCCCCUACUCCUACACCUACGACCUGGCCCCCGACCACACCGAGCUGCUGCAGCUUGCUGAAGGAGCCUCUGCUGCCCUGCGUAGUCUGCACAACACCCGCUACACCAGCGGACCUGGAGCUGCAACCAUCUAUCCCGCUGCUGGAGGCUCUGACGACUGGGCCUACGAUCUGGGUGUGAAAUACUCCUUCACCUUCGAGUUGCGUGACACUGGUCGUUACGGCUUCCUGCUGCCCACGACUCAGAUCCAGCCCACAUGCGAGGAGACCAUGCUGGCCGUCAAGUACAUCGCCGCCUACGUGCAGAAGAACCUCUAUUAAAAAGCGGAACUGCCAGGACCCCUGCCAACUCGGCUCCUCCGUACCAGCCCCCAGCCCCUCCAAUCUCUCAGCCAUCUCCUGCCCGUAUCCAUGGAUACGGGCACCACCCGCCAUGUUUCCUCACUGUGCUUGACAGAAUGUCAAGAUGAGUGCAAACAAUAAAAUCAAUGAUCCAUCUCAA